GAUGUGUAGCUUGAUGCAGCUCUCAUGAAUCCAGGAAGAUUUUUUCGAUUUUAAUGGAUGUAGAUGGUUAGCAGCACACCAUAAAGUCUUUCCCAGCAAGAUACAUCCUUUCCCAUUGUAUGGAGGAAGGCUGAGAAGAGAGACCUGGGAUAACUGCUGAAGUGAAUACUUCUCUCUAGGUACUGAAGACAAGAGAAGUGGUUUUACUUGGAAAGAAAGCAGAUUUCUGGAUGGUGCAACUUCUAACGCAUUCCUGAAUUACAAAACAAGAAGAAUAGUAUUUUAAAAUAACAGAGUUAUUACACUCUUUGUCCACCAAAGUGGCCAUAUUCUUACUACACUUCUUUUGGGCUCAUAUGGUGCUGCAAAUACUGGAAAAAUCAGUAUAAGAAGCAAAAGUGUUUUUCAUAACUGUUACUCUUUCUAAUGGGAGUGCUAACUUUCAAACACAGCUCUAUGGGGAGUUUUGUUGAGUGCAGUGAAGCGCUGCAGAUAGCAUUCCUUUUCCUUCUAAUUCCAUGUUGCCUGUCUCUGGAUAAUCGGGCACCCCCACUUAUCCCAAAUGUGCCUCUGCUCUGGGUCUGGAAUGCCCCAACUGAAUUUUGUACGGGAGUGUCUAAUCAACCACUAGAUAUGAGCCUGUUCUCUAUAAUAGGAUCUCCCCGAAAAAAUGUCACAGGGCAAAGUAUCACACUAUAUUACGUUGAUAGACUUGGCUACUAUCCUUACAUCGAUCACCACACAGGUGCAAUUGAGCAUGGUGGACUCCCCCAGCUGAUGAACUUACAAAACCAUUUGGAUAAAGCCAGGCAAGACAUCCUGUUUUACAUGCCCACAGACAGUGUGGGCUUGGCUAUCAUCGACUGGGAAGAGUGGAGGCCCACCUGGGCAAGAAACUGGAAACCUAAGGAUAUUUACCGGAAUAAGUCUAUUGAGUUGGUUCAGCAACAAAACCCACAAUUUAAUCUCUCAUAUGCUACAGCACUCGCCAAGGCAGAAUUUGAGAGGACAGGGAGGGAUUUCAUGCUAGAAACUUUAAAAUUGGGGAAAACACUUCGGCCCAAUAGUUUAUGGGGUUAUUAUCUUUUCCCUGAUUGCUACAACACUCAUUACACUAAACCCAAUUACAAUGGUCAUUGCCCUGAUAUAGAAAAGCAAAGAAACGAUGGCCUCAUCUGGUUGUGGAGAGAAAGUACUGCUCUUUUCCCAUCUGUUUAUCUGACCAGCCGCUUAAAGUCAUCUCCAAACGGCGCACUCUACGUCCGUAGUCGUGUGCAGGAGUCCAUUAGGGUUUCGAAACUCUCUAAUGCUAGAAAUCCACUUCCUAUCUUUGUAUAUAUCCGCCUGGUUUUUAGUGAUCAAACUACUAUAUUCCUUGAGCAGGAUGAUCUUGUGAAUACAAUUGGCGAAACUGUUCCCCUAGGUGUCUCUGGAAUAAUAAUAUGGGGAAGUCUUAGUUUAGCACGAAGUAUGAAAUCUUGCCUGGAACUAGAAAAUUACAUGAAGAAUACACUCACACCUUACAUAAUCAACGUCACUCUUGCAGCCAGAAUGUGUAGCCAAGUGCUUUGCAAGGAGCAAGGAGUUUGCGUAAGGAAAAACUGGGAUACAAGUACCUACCUUCACCUAAACCCAGCGAAUUUUAAUAUUGAACUUGAUCCAAAUGGAAAGUUUGUGGUACAUGGCAAACCUUCACUUGAAGACCUGCAAGAAUUUUCCAAAAAUUUUCAAUGCAGCUGUUAUAGCAAUGUGCCUUGUAAGGAUAGACUUGAUGUCGAAAAUGUUGGCUCUAUUAAUGUGUGUACUGUUAAUAAUGUUUGUAUAGAUGCGCUGUUAGACUUUCAGACCAGUGCUGAUGACAGCGAUGAUGACAGUGAUGAUGAGCCUCCCCCCACAGAUGAUACCUCUGGAAGUGAAAGCAACGUCUGGGACACCACAUCGUCUGCCACACUGUGCCCACGAGAUCUCAGUUGGUGCCUCUUAAUUCUCUGUCUGUUUUCACAGCACUGGAAAUACUUGCUAUAGGCUUAGACAACUCAAAACUACAAAAUUGAACAUCAUCUUACACACGAUCAAGAUCCUUUGGAUUUUUGAAACAAUAUACAUUUUUCUAUGGAAGACA